AUGGAUGGGUAUGCGAGAGCAUAUAUUGCUCAUAAUCUACCAUUGCUUGUAGUAUCCGGAUUAGGAGCUGAUCCAUCGCCAACCAAUGCCAGAUUAAAGGAAGGAGGGGUGAUAAUCACUUCGGAUAUUGCGCCAUUGGAAUCGGAGGAUGCGAAAUAUAUCCUAAAAUAUUUCAAGGACAAUGAUGCGGAGAACCUCCCCUGGAAUGGACAUGAGUAUAGUGAGAAGAAUAAGUUUAAGGUCAAGGUCAUUGGAAGGGAUUAUAUAUUACCAAGUCGCAAGGCCCCGCCUCCAACGAGUGCCUCGCGCUCUCCCGAUUCUGGAAGCCCAGCUCCGAAUUCUAGGCUUGUUUUACACUCUCCGUUGUCUCCAUUAACCCCUGGAGCAACAGUCUUCCCAGAUGGAUUAUUGGAUACAAAGUGGAUGGACAAGCACCAAGAUCUCGUACCAAGCGCAUAUCUCUCAUUCUACAAUUUUACAUCUGAUCCGAAUCUAGCAACUCUACAUGAUAAUAAGUUGAAGACGGAUAUCAACAACAUCAAAAACAUAUUGAGCAAAUCUGGUUACAAAACUCGACUUAUGAUUGCAUUGUUGAGCGAAGCACCUGGCGUGCCAUCUCCUGAUGUAGAAGAGCGUCUUUCCAAUAUUCGUAAAGCAACCGGUCUUGAUACGAAGACUUCUUUGUUUUUCUUGCCUCCGCAAAGUUCUUAUGUUGAACUUGAAGCAUUUGUCGAAACAAUUUAUUUUACCAUAUACCCGCUUUGUAUUGAAUAUUACCGUGACUUGAGCAAGCACUCAAGAAGAAAGCGCAACAGAGGCGUAGUGCCACCCCCAACAGCACCGCCCACAUCAGGAAGUUCACAAACAUUGACUGGACAAGGAUGGAAUGUGAGAUAUGAUUUCAAGCUUGGGGUCUUUGCCGAAUUCAGGCAGGAAAUGGAUGUAGCUGUUCGCUCAUACGAGAGUGGCUACGAAGCAUUGUUGGGUGAAGAAGUCCUCGAAACCAUUGCUACUUGGAGUCAUCGUUUCAAUGAAGGGCGUCUCAUCGCCGACGUCUUUGCUAUAAGAAUAUUGCGUUGUCUGUUAUGGAAUGGACAUACAUCAACGGCAGUCCGUAGAUGGCAAUUACAUCGGGAUAGGAUACGUGACUUUGUGGAUCGUAGAGGUAAAGGUUCAUCGACAUAUGGCUGGCAAGCAUGGGAAGCUCGUUGGGCAACCAUUAUGGCAGAGAUUAUCGAGAAAGUUGGCUUCUCCGAUUUUAAACAAUCAAAUUCGACGAUAUAUUUGCCACUUGACAAAGUUACUACAAGCGGAGUCCAGCCUUGGGAGAAUCUUCAUCAUCCAGGCUACUGGUACCGUGAGGCUUCGAAACAUUUAAUGGCUCGUCGAGCUCUUGCUUUGUCAAUACCGGAGGAAGAUAGGUCCCCACCCGGAUCCUCUCCUGCAUCACAAAUUGCGAGUAGAGUCUAUACCUAUGAUACAUAUCUUUGCCCCCAGCCGCAUGAAGAAAAUCCCUUACCUGGUCGCAAAGGUGUUGAUCAUGCAACUCUUAUUAUUGACGUUCUGAACAAAGCCAUUGCCGAAUUUCAAAUAAGAGGACAAGAUCGUCUAGUGCAAGAGCUCUUAUUUCAAUGUGGAAAAGAACACAUGAAACGCGAAGCAUGGGAUGAUGCUUUGAGAAUUCUUCGUGCUUUAUGGCAGAAAAUGACGUAUAGAAAUGAAGGGUGGUGGGUUGUCGUUGAGGAGAUCGCAUGGACGUUGAGAAAGGCUGCAGCUAAGGUCGGUGAUGGAGGUACAGUCGUUGCUGUGGAUUGGGAGCUUUUACAUACCUGCUUUGUCCGUCAAUCCAAUUGGCAUUAUAAUAUCGAGAAGUCUCUAGAGGGUUUAAGUACGGUCAAAGUCAAGCCCGCUGUUGUACUUCAUGCCGAGGAAAUUCAAUCCUUCUUGACCGCUUCAUAUGCUUUCGAAAAGUCUGAAGGAAAGGUGGGCGAGCAUUCAUUAUCCCAACUAGCAGUCAGAUCAUCUGCCCUUGCUUCUUCAACCCCAGUAACGAUCAACGAAAUACGUCUAGAGUUCACAGGUAGCAUGAAACCCAUUGUUCUGCGUCACAAAACUAGCGCUGAAGUAUCCGGGACCCCGAAAUCUGGCGUCUUGUACAGGAAGUCUCCCUUGAUCGAUGAAUCAACCGUAGAAAAAGGACAUGAUCCGGUGGAUUUGCCCACUCGACAAACAUUGACAAGCUACGAGGAUCUUACUUUCAGCCCCGGUCAGAUUAAGGUCUUCGAAUUUGUCAAUCUUCUAAGAGAAGCAGGGGAUGCAAGGGCGUCGAAAGUCACAUUUUCUAUCGCCUCAGACCUUUUUGACUUUGAUUAUGUCCAUUCUUUUGACAGACCGACAUUUCCAGAGAUGUGGUAUGGCGAGUCUGGGAUGAAGAAGAAGCUCGUUCGUACCAGGCCAUCCUCCCUUCACGUACUUCCCAAGCCACCUAAACUAGAACUUCGCAUUCUCGAGUUCCAGGAACAAUACUACACAAAUGAGCUCAUUUCUUUACAUCUCGAGUUGAAGAAUGGAGAGGAAAUCGAUUCUGUCGUGGACAUAGAAGCCCGUCUUCUUGGAGAAAACGUUCCAUCCAAUAUCAUUUUGAGGCGUCUCGAUCGAGAAAAUCAACCAAACGAUAGUGAUUCUGAAGAGGGAGACGACCAGGAACUGUCACUGGGCACGAUUGCAAGUGGCUCCUCUAUCAUUGUGGAGAUGCUCAUCUCAUCUAUAGAUAUACCGGCAGUUUAUGAUCUUAGUCUCAAAGCUUCAUACAACCUCAUAACAGAUAUGGAAACGCCCGUCUCACAAACGAUGUCGGCACAGCUUUCUAUCUUGAACCCUUUUGAGGCUAAUUACGAUUUCUCCCCACGUAUUCAUCCAGACUCUUGGCCAAGCUUCUUCACCCACGAAGAAUUAUUGGAAAGUAGUCAGGAUGAACAAGAGAAUGAUCAUAAAGCCUAUGGGCUGGCACAAAAGUGGUGUCUAACAACUCGCUAUGCUUCAUUCGCCACAGAAGACAUAAUGGUCGAAGAUGUUGACGUCGAAAUUCUUGGUGUGCAGGGCGGUAUCAAUUGUGCCACGAGAAAGAUAACCACGAUCCCCGAGGGAGGCAUAAUAGUUAGUCCGAAAGUACUCGAGGAAGCUCAAUUCGAUGCCUUUACCCAAAAAUACUCGCUGGACGACCGAGGUACUGCCACUCUCGAUCUAUCCCUUGUCAUCAAAUGGCGCAGAAAUAAAGACGGCUCCACUACCAAUACAUGCAUAGUCCCCGUCCCACGACUCCUCGUUUCAAGUAGCGAGCCCCGAGUCCUAGCCGCCGUAACCUAUUCCUCAACCAUCCAAUCCAUGAUUCACUUCGACGUCACCAUCGAGAAUCCAUCCCAUCACUUUCUCUCUUUUGCCAUAACCAUGGAACCCAGCGAACAAUUCGCCUUCUCGGGUGUCAAACAAUCUACAUUGCAACUAGUGCCGCUUUCGAGAAGGAUCGUCAAAUUUAGAUUAUUGCCGACGCUUAGAGGUGAUUGGAUUGGUCCAAUUAGAUGUGUGAUUAGGGAUAGAUAUUUUCAGAAGGUUUUGAAGAUUGCGCCGACGGAUGGUAUGAAGAGUGAUAAGGAUGGUUUACUCAUUUGGGUUCCGAGUGAUGAGGAGUUUUAG